AUGGAGGAGAAGAGGAAUUUGGGUCCAGAUUUGGUUCGUGAGACCGAAGAGAAGGCAAAACUUAUCUGUGAGAGAUUGAAAGCUGCUUCAGACAGGCAGGAAUCUUAUGCUGACUUGAGACGUCGAGAUAUCAAGUAUCAGGUUGGAAAUAAGGUGUUUCUGUAUAGAUCAGUCCCUUCCCAUGAUGUUACUGUUGAGGAGAUUAAGGUUCGAUCCGACCUUUCGUAUGAGGAGGAACUGGUUGCGAUCUUAGACCGUGAGGUCAAGUUGCUACACAGUCAAACGGUUUUAUUAGUGAAAUUUUUGUGGCGUAACCAUAAGACUAAGGAAGCUACUUAG